GCGUAACGUAUUUGCCUGUUCAUUUUAUGUUUUGACAUGUCCAUGCUACAGACAUAACAGUCCCUUAUCCCAAGCACUCUGGGCUUACGAUGCACUGGCAAGCGAUCCAGCAGUCGAGACGCUCUCUCGAGAGCAUGGUCCAUCCAGAUCAUGCAGAGCCAGAUCUUGAGUUGUUCUACCUUUCCGAAGAUACAGAAGCUGACGCUGACGGGGAAGAUAUUCUACCCGUGCCACUCGGUCACGACAACGCGGCAGAUGUCAAGUCCCACUAUAGUCUAGCACGUGUGCGGCAGUUCGACAAGAUCGACAUCCCAAGCUCAAGUGGCCAUGGUGAGUGCACAAGCGGAGAACAUUAUACUCAAGUUGCCAUUCCGACCUUCACCACUGGGAUCACCACUUUCGCCUAUCAGCUCGCGCUUCAGAACCGGAUCAAGGACGCCACGCUACGUGAAGGUGGCGAGUACGAUACGCACAAGUUCACGCCGACGUUCAUCCAUGACUGUCUUAUGCUUCCCGGCUCGCUGGCUGGUCUGCUCCGCAAGUCUUCGACACCUGAUCUUAUCCACAAGAUGACGCCGGCUCUGCUUCCUGGCUUCCAUGCACAUGUGCAUGCAGAAAAAUUGCAACCCUGCAUUCUGCAAUCACCGGACCCCAGUGAUUACGUCUCGGGCAUGCUCAUUUUUGGCCAAGGCAAGGACAGCCGCAAACUCAUCAACGAGCACUACCGGAGUGACGCACGCCGCAUCAAAUUGCAGGUCGAAGUCGAUGUCCAGGUACCCGUAUUAGCUCACGAGCGCGAUUUUCCAAGCGAGCGAUGGCGACUGAAGCGCCGACGUGUCGAGGCUCAUGUAUGGCUUUGGGCGAACGCUCGUACCGGCGACGCCUACCUCCGAACACAUGCGCCUAAGUGGACGCUCGAGGACUACCUCGCCGGGACGCUGGCACCGAGGGCGCCGCUUAAGGUCCUCGACUCGUCUCUGCUUCACGAAGAAGUCGAUCUUUCGGAUGAUGAGCGUGAGCAAGCUCGGCCUCAGCACGAAACGAUCGACGGCGGUUACGGCAACCUAGACUACCAGAUAGAAUAUCGCUUCACGGGGUGGUGAUCUGCUAUACCGGUC